UACUUUGUAAUUAUUUAGUGCAUACAGGGUUUUAAUAAAUAUACUUAUUGGGUACCUAUAUGCAAGUACAAGAGAAGAAGACCAAAGGUUGGAACAAGGGUUUAAGAAUGUAGGGUUUAAGAGGGACUAAAUUACAAUGCAAGUAUUUAAUUACUGAGCAGCUAUGUAAUAAUUACUGGGUACAAUAUUAAUAUUAUUGGGUAACAAGACAGGAACAAUGGGCUAAGAGUUUUGAUACUGAAAUGAAUAUAUGUAUAAUCAUUUAUUUUAGAAUUAUGAUUUACAAAACGUGACUGAAAAAGAGUAUUUAUUAUUAUGUUUUUAAUGAUUUUUUUGUUUGUUUUUUACAUGGGAACAACAUGGCAUGGGACGAUGGGUGACCCUUUACAGCUUUAACUAUAAAAUACUUUACUUCUAUAGGUUAAGUUUUUAAAAACUACAGUAAAACUACAGUUAGGAGGCAGAUGCACAGCAAAAUGAAAUGCUGCCAGAGAAAAUGUAUUCCCACAGUAAGCAAGACACUAACUCAGGGAAAGGUAAAACAACAAUAACAAGUAAGUAACACUUGUUAUGUGUUUGUAUCUGUGUUUGUGUGUGUAUGAAUGUGUUGCUUGGGCACUUCUCUGACAAACACAAACAAACGCAGACAGAAUGACAGGCUAGAACAUGUGAAGAGAAAGUUGUCUUUCUGCUCAUGUUAUGGGGCAGACAACCUCAGGCGGAUCUGAGCCAGCCUGUCCAUCAUUACUGUAAGUUAACCGUCUGUGCAUCGGGCGACCUGACCUGAGAGCUCCGACCAAGCCCCCAGUCUUCCUACACAUGCCUGACCUGUCACUCAGGGUCACAGGCUUGUCAAAGCUGCUUGUCUCACAACACCUGAGGUCUUGCCACAGGGAAGACUUCCGCCUGUCAUCUUUACUCAAGUAUAGUGUCCCAGUCCAGGACAUGGUUUCCUGAGGGGCCCUGCCACCUACACAUUUCGAGGGGUAUAACCGGUCUAUCCUGGGCCAUGACUGCUCUGCUUCCCAACGUCACUGUUCCUGGAAGUACAGCAGUUCUGCUGCCGACUACAGACAGUCUGUUUAACCUGACUGCAACUGCUCAGGCAGGACUCGGUUCAGGCCAGUCACUGGCCCCUCUCUGCACCCUCUGUUGCUGUGGAUUUCUAAAUCGUACUUUGGCAGUGGUGUUCAUGAUCAGCCUGGCAUUUGCCAUUGUGGUUGGAAAUGUGAUCACCCUUACUGUCUUUGUGCAAACAAGGCAGUCCCGAACACCACAGGGAUACCUGAAAGUGUCUCUGGCCAUAGCAGACAUGAUGGUCGGUGUCCUCGUGGUCCCUUUCUCUGUCUACACUGAGAUCUCUCUGAUGGUGACCAGCACACCUCCCAUUUGGUACCAGGGUAGUUCUACUUCCCCGGCCACCUCCACUUCUUUCGGGGGACUGGUGAGUCCUUGGCAGCCCUGCAUGCUGAUUGGCCCUGUGUUUGCUGGAUGCACCUUUGUCUCCAUCAGCACCAUCUUCCUCAUGACACUGGAGCGAAGCGUGGCCAUCCUUUGGCCACUCCACAAGGACGCCUUGGUGACCCGGAGAAGAACUAUGCUUCUCAUCCUGCUCUCCUGGGCUGCCAGCUUCCUGCUGGCUCUUGCACCCCUCAUCUUCAGCAGCAACUUCACUUUGGAGUACAAUGAGUGCAGUCGUAUGUGUAACUACUCCCCACUAUCGUUCGGAAGCCAGCUACCACCUGAUGCCAACAUUUUGCUGUUAUUCCCAGCAUUUGACUUCACACUGCUCGGUGGCACAUUAGCAGUAAACAUUGUGUCUUUCACUAGCAUCCGACAGUACUCCCGAAAACGCAAACUGCUCUCAGAGGGGAGUCUGAGUGACGCAGGGGGAGGAGGGGGAGGGUGCUCUCACAGGCCCUCCUUUUCAGACAUCAAAGCUGCCAAGACAAUUGGCAUACUUACAUUCGCCUUCACAGCAUCCUUCUCUCCCAUCGCAGUGUUUGUGCUCGGGAACGUGGUGGGAUACACCUGGUGUAACUUUUCCUUUUUUGCCUUCUGGAUCCUGACAGGAAACAGUUGCUGUAAUGUAAUUAUCUACAGUGUCAGGGACCAUCGCUUCAGGAAGGGUGUGAGCCUGCUCUUUCAGCGAGACCACUCCCUUCCACAUAGCGAGAAGUCCUGAGGGACAAUCUGGCCUAUCAGCACCUUUAA